AUGCGCGAGGAUUCGUGUCUCGCACGAAAAUCAGCCAACAAUUCGUCCGGAAGUCCGUCGUCGAAAUUCUGCAAUUUAGAAGUGUUACGUAUACCGAUAGGUACACAUACAUUGCGAGACACAGCAUUGUAUAUCAACACUUGUAUAAAUUCAGCCUCACACAUUUAUUUAAUAGGUGCUGUAUAUGCUGGAAUGGGUUGCACAGCGUUAAACAAUCUGUUAGCUUGUGUGAAUAUUCCACCAAUAUCGUCAGCUUUAUUUAAGCGAUAUGAGAGAGAAAUUGGUCCAGCCAUUGAAGAAAGUGCCAAAGAAAGUUGCAAACAAGCUGCAGAGCAGGAACGACAACUAGUAAUAGACAAUAUUCAAAAAUUGUGUAAAGACUUGCCACCAGAAAUAGUCAAUGAAAUUUAUCUCUUUAUGAACAUCCUUUCAAAAUCCUCCAACUCCUCAAAUCAUGCUCCAAAUAAUACGUCAGUUCAUACUCUCGAAAACUUUGAUGCAGCUUUAGGGAAUAUUGUAAACAUUAUUGUGUCAUAUGAUAUGGGUUGGAGUAAACGAGGUAACGGAAGAAGUUAUGAUAGUUUAAACGGUUAUGGAACGAUCAUCGGAUUUUUAAGUGGCAAAAUAUUGGAUUUCGCGACACGUAAUCGCAAAUGUAAAAUGUGUGAUAACGGUCGAGAAAAGAAUGAUCACGACUGUCGAAAAAACUUUAAAGGUAGUGCAAAGGCAAUGGAGCCAGAUGUUGGAGCUUUUUUAGUAAAUAACAGCACUAUUCUUCAAGAAGCUGCAGUUAGCAUUCGUGUACUAAUAGGUGAUGAAGACAGUUCCACUAUAGCUAACGUACGUCGAGGUAAUAGUAAAAAAGUUUUCAAGUUAGCUGAUAUAAAUCAUUUGCGAAAACAUUUUGUUAGUGAUUUAUAUGAAUUGCAAAAAACUCAUAAAGAAAUGCGAAACAAAGAUACAAUUCCUCACUUAAAAAAAUGCUUCAGUUACGCUAUUGGUCAAAAUAAGGGUAAAAUUUCUGAACUGGCAGCUGCUUUGCGUAGUAUACCAGACCAUGUUUUUGACCAACACAAAAAUUGUGGAGAUUGGUGUUCCCGAAAGCUGAACAGUAGGAAAUCUAAAAAAUUAUUGCUAAAGGAUGUUGAGCUCUAUAAUAAACUGAUGAAUAUUUUUUCAAAAUACGCAGAUAAUGCUGCUAAAUUUGCAGUUGUUGCUUCGAGCCAAGCAAAUGAAAGCGUAAAUAACAUGAUGGCUCAUAAAGCACCGAAAAAUCGUUGUUACAGUCUCAGUGAAUCAGCUGAUUAUCGCUUAGCAAGUGCAGUUUGCAGUAAAAAUGAUGGCGAAAUUCAUUUAUUGAAGGUGAAUGAAAAACUAUGUGUUUCACCAGGCAAGCAUACUGCAAGUUUUGCAAAAAAUAAGGACAAAGUAAAAUUACGACGAGCUUUAAAAGCUAAAUUGCCAGCAUCAAAAUGUCGCAGAAAUUUAUUGGCUAACGAAAGGGAAAAUUUAAGGAAAAAGACGGAAAGAACUGAAGGAAUCAAAUAUAAAUCCAAUUGUGGCUUUGAAAUUGACAGAAAAGAGUUAAAUAUUUCUUUGGACCCUCAGAUUUUGAAGAUACUUGAAAUGACUCAAAACACUUUUGUAAUACAAAAUGAAUUUACAUUCGUGUAUUUUGAUUUAGAGACCUCAGGGUUUGAAAGGAAUGCUGAUAUAUUGCAAAUAGCAGCGAAAUUUGACGAUUAUACUUUCGACGUUUACGUAAAACCCACUCAAGAGAUUAACGAUUUGCAUCAGAAGUGA